UAGUAGUUAUCGAGAGCUUGACGGCUCCACCGUCUCCGAAGCCUUUAAUGUUUCUGCACCGUAAAAAAACUUCAAAACCGCUCCGUUAGUUUUCUUUCCGGAAGUUUCCUCCCGGGUCCGCGCGGGAUAGUCGCGCUGAAUGCCCCGCAGCGACCCGCAGGUUGGGUUCGUCAAAGUUUGGGCCUGUCCCGGGACUUUCAGCAAACUGCGGGAUGGACGCGCUGACGUCGAACGGAUCCAUCAUGGACCUGGCCUCUAAGGUGGUGAAGAUAAAAGCGCACUUCCGCGGGGACAUGCUGAUCACGGACCUUCCUGCCUCCGUAACUUUCCUGCAGCUGUGCGCAGAGGUGAAAAGCAUGUGCAGCGUCGCCAAGCAGCAGCCCAUCACCCUGAAGUGGAUCGAUGAUGAAGGAGAUCCUUGUACCAUCUCCUCUCAGAUGGAGCUGGAUGAAGCUUUUCGGAUUUACAGCCGAACACGAAGGUCUGGACUUCUGCUGCAUGUGUUCCCGAGCAUCCCGGAGCGGCCUGGCCUUCCCUGUCCGGGAGAAGACAAAUCGAUCUAUCGCCGCGGAGCCAGAAGAUGGAGGAAGCUCUACCGGGUCAACGGACAUCUUUUCCAGGCCAAGCGCUUUAACAGGAAAGCCUACUGUGGCCACUGUGCUGAAAGGAUAUGGGGGCUGGGCACGCAGGGCUACAAGUGUAUCACCUGCAAACUGCUGGUCCAUAAGCGCUGCCACAGACUGCUCCCUCAGACCUGCCAGAGUCUUAUGGAUCCAGUCAUGCCAUCGCAGGAGCCGCUUUCAGAUGCCCAGAGUGAGGAAGUGGACCCUCCAGCAGACGACACCGAGGACGCAGACCAGAUCCCGUUUCUGCCGCACAACUGUGUGGAGGAGAAAACAGAGGAUGCAGAGACGGAGGACAUCAAGGCAGUGGUUGACGGCCUGGAUGGCAUCAAGCUGUCACAGGGUGUGACCCUGAAGCUGAGUGACUUUGAGCUGAUCCGGGUGAUUGGGCGAGGGAGCUACGCCAAAGUCCUGCUGGUCCGGCUAAAGAAAAAUGAGCAGGUGUUCGCCAUGAAGGUGGUGAAGAAGGAGCUGGUCCACGAUGACGAGGACAUCGACUGGGUGCAGACAGAGAAGCACGUGUUUGAACAGGCGUCCACCAACCCCUUCCUGGUCGGCCUUCACUCCUGUUUUCAGACAGACAGCAGGUUAUUCCUGGUGAUCGAGUACGUGAACGGCGGGGACUUGAUGUUUCACAUGCAGCGGCAGAGGAAGCUCCCCGAAGAGCACGCCAGGUUUUACGCAGCUGAAAUCUGCAUUGCUCUGAACUUCCUUCAUGAGAAGGGCAUCAUCUACCGCGACCUGAAGCUGGACAACGUUCUCCUGGACCAUGAGGGACACAUCAAACUCACUGACUACGGCAUGUGCAAGGAGGGCAUCAGACCAGGCGACACCACCAGCACCUUCUGUGGAACCCCCAACUACAUUGCCCCAGAGAUCCUGAGAGGAGAAGACUACGGCUUCAGCGUGGACUGGUGGGCUCUGGGAGUGCUGAUGUUUGAGAUGAUGGCCGGCAGGUCGCCAUUUGACAUCAUCACAGACAAUCCCGACAUGAACACUGAGGAGUACCUCUUCCAAGUGAUUCUUGAGAAGCCCAUUCGCAUCCCAAGGUCUCUGUCGGUGAAAGCUGCCAGCGUGCUCAAGGGCUUCCUGAACAAGGAUCCCAAGGAGCGGCUGGGGUGUCAAGUCCAGACGGGCUUCACAGACAUCAAGUCUCACACCUUCUUCCGCAGCAUAGACUGGCAGCAGCUGGAAAAGAAGGAGAUGACGCCGCCCUUCAAACCGCAGAUCUCUGACGAAUUUGGUCUGGAAAACUUUGACACGCAGUUUACCAACGAGCCGGUGCAGCUAACGCCUGACGACGAGGACGUCAUCAAGAGGAUAGACCAAUCAGAGUUUGAGGGCUUCGAGUACAUCAACCCGCUGCUGCUGACCACAGAGGAGUCUAUAUGAGGAGCAGCCCCUCCCUCAGCCACACACAGGAUGCAGACUCCUCCCCUCUGAACUGGUCCUCAAACUGGGCGGAGCUUGCUUCCUGGGCCGUUCUGAACUUUUCUCUGGUGUGAGACUCUGGACUUCCACACCUGUUGUUCUGUCUUCUCCUGUCUUACCCCCGCCCCCCCACCCCGAGGGUCAAUCCCAGGGUCAGAGCACGGUCGGCGCUCGCCAGCAUGGACGCUCCUGAAUGAACUUCAAAGCAUUUCAUCUGCACUUCUGUGUUGUUUUCCACCUGGGGCGGCAUGUGGGGGGUGGCCUCCCACAAGAAUGUAAGACGACUAAAGACUAAACUAAGUUAUUGUGUCUCAUCGCGUAGAAUCAGAGAUGGACUUUAAUCGAUGCAAACGGCACGUUUCCAUGGUUUCCUUUGAUUUCUUUCUGUGACGGAUGAACAAACGUUUCAUUUAAAAGUGCCUCCGAAAUUGACUUCAGUGCCCCCCCCCCCCCCCCCCACACACACACACACACACAGAGCUGCAGUAAGAAAGGCUUCUGUCCCCAAACCAGACUGUCAAUCAAAGUAACCAAUAAAGUCCUGAUCAUUCCUGAUUCACAGGGAAUCAAACCCCCGGAUCCUGCUGGGCUGCGUCUCUGUUUCCGCCUGCGUGGGGUGGGGAGGGCGGGGGGGAUCCUGUCUGUUAAUGCCAGCAGAGUGAGGAGUGAGACAGCCCCCCCAUCGAUGAAGCUCUGUGACGUUUCCACACUUUUGUGUUCCGGCCUCACUUUCCCACAGGGAGGGGGCCGGCUGCCCCGCGGUCGACCUUCAACUGAAACCAAUCGCAGUUCCCCGUGGAUCAAUGAAGUUCUAUUUGUCCCAGGAGCGACCCCCCACCCCCAAAUGGAGUCUGAAUCCCACUGCGGCUUGAUGGGAACUGUAGUCAAACCUUUCUAUGCUGGAUGUUAGAUGGGGGGGGGGGGUGUAAAUCCUAGAUCUGCUGAAUUUGUUGAGUGGAAAAGACGGGAAAACGUCCCAACAUCAGACAAAAUGUCUCAAAGUCCCGGCGUUCGCUGUGGACUUUGAAAACAGAAAUCCAGCUGACGAAGACACCCCCCCCCCCCCCCCGCGGUGCAGCUCUGCUGUGACCACAGGGGGCGCUGCUCCAGACCACCAACAGUUUAGCUUGAGCACCAUGACGUUAACAUUCAUGUGAAAAUAUACUUCAUUUCCCCCCCCCAUCGGUUCACUGUUGCUAUGGUUACUUUGUAGGCGGGGCAAUAAUGAAAACAUUUCCAUGAAGAUCAAUUUUAACCUGAUGAUGUUAGUUCAGAACUUUAGCAGAUCCACUUUUUGAGGCUUCCCCUGGAGGAGACGCGUCUUUCAGGGGGGCAAAGGAGGGGUGUUGGACACAAAGGUGUGGAAACGGACGGCAGGCUGGAACGCCAUCAGCAGCAGCCUCUGCUCCGUCCAGAGGAAACGUCGGACUGCAGUCCUGGUCAGAGGAGCAGAGAUGAGGAAGAGCAGCCCCCUCUUCUCUGCAGGUGUGUCUCCAGCAGGACCGUCUCCCCCCCGCCUGAUCCGCACAGAAAAUCAGACUGACACGUUUUUACAUCAAGUGCUUCAUUCUCACCGCAUCUUUGUAAAUAUGUGUAAUUAUUAAAAAGGAUCCUGGUUUUCUGUGA